GCCAAAGCAAAAAAUGGCCAUCAAUGUUCCAAUGAUGUCGCUAAGAAUCACAUCUUGUCGGACAUGCUUUCAAUGUGCAGGUUACUUUAUCGGCCCGUCGUGGCGUCGAUCACUACCGAGCCCCGGGGCCAGGGGCUACUACUACGGCAGCGGGACGCCCGGAGGCGCUAAGCCGGGUGAGGCGACUCGUGUGCGGGUUGUGGACCUCCGCAGCGACACGGUGACCAAGCCCGGGGCGGCGAUGCGGCGAGCCAUGGCCGAGGCCGAGGUCGGGGACGAUGUGAUGGGGGAAGACCCGACGGUUAACGAGUUGCAGAAGAUUGCAGCCGACAUGUUUGGGAUGGAAGCCGCGCUGUUCGUGCCCACUGGGACCAUGAGCAACCUCAUCGCAGUGAUGGUGCACUGCAGGGAGCGCGGCGAUGAGAUGAUUGUGGGCGACCUGUCCCAUCUACACAUCUACGAGCAAGGAGGGAGCGCCCAGCUGGCCGGCGUCCACGCCACCACAGCCACCACCUUUGCCGACGGCACCUUUGACCUGGACCAGCUGGAGUCCAAGAUCCGCCACGACUACCCGGACCCGCACUACCCGCGCUCACGCCUCAUCUGCGUGGAGAACACACACAACAUACAAGGUGGACGCGUGAUGCCGCUGCACUUCCUGCAGGAGGUGCGGGCUCUUGCCGAUAAAUACUCCCUGGCGGUCCACAUGGACGGAGCCCGGCUGAUGAACGCCGCGGUGGCGCUGGGGGUGCCGGCGUCCGCCAUCCUGCAGCACACACACACUGUUAGCGUGUGUCUCUCCAAGGGAUUAGGGGCCCCGGUGGGAACCAUGCUCGCCGGCCCCAAAGACUUCAUAUCCCGGGCGCUGAGGUGUCGUAAAGCCCUGGGUGGCGGGAUGCGUCAGGCCGGCAUACUUGCGGCGGCGGGGAAACUGGCUUUGCUGGAGAUGGUCGGAAGACUACAAGAAGAUCACAACGAGGCCAAAACGUUCGCCCAAGCUUUGCAGAACUGUGAGCCGCCUCUGUUCGCCGUGGACGUGGCCGCCGUGGAGACCAACAUCCUGCGUUUCGGAACCCGAGAGCCCGCCUUGAGUCCCUCGGAGUUCUGCAGACGCAUGGCCCAGGUCGGCGAGGGGGAAGAGGACGCUUUGGGGCAGGGGGUGCAAGUCCUCAUGUAUCCGCAUUUUGGGAAUUGCGUUAGAGCCGUCUGGCAUCUGGGGAUAUCGCCUGAGGACACGCGCCUGGCCAUCCAGAAGAUGCACUUUGUCGCCCGGCAAUACUCGAGGAAAAAACAAAGGGGAUUGUAAAACAAUUUUUGCGGAAAAUCCAGUCUUGAAAAGUUAGCACAACUUGAAAAAGGACUUCUGUUGCGUAAGGCGGGGAAAAUGUUUAGAACAGGGGCCUCAGACGUUAUUUUGCGGCCCCCAUCUUAAUAAUGUGGUGCCCUGUACCGGGACGCCGGUUUUAUGUGGUCGAAAAGUCCGAAUCUUAAACAGGAACAAUAGAGAGUUUGUUACAACAGUUUUAAUUACUCACAAUCAGAGUAAUUAGUUGGAUUGAAUCAAUACGAACACAGACAGUGUCUCCGGAGACGAAAGAUGGUGAACCCUCGUGAAAGGAAUUAAUAAGAGCACACAUCAGGCUUGGCCUUCCCUUCUUAUUUAUAUGCUCCUGAUGGCCUAAUUUGUAUCAUAACAACUUAUGUAACUGUCCAAUGUUCAGGGUGACUUGACCUCUUACGUCGUGUCACCCCCCCAACUUGGUCAGUGGGACUUGACCUCUCAUGUCGUGUCCCUCCCAAUGCAUUUAGUUUGGAGGUAACCCUAGGACAGAAAUGUUCACUACUCUAUGAAAGUUUAAUGUUAGUGCGGCCCGCAAGUUUUAUAUGAAUGGCGCUUGACAGUGUUGUGUUAUUUGGGUCCAAAAUGGCCCCUUUAACGUUUUGGGUUGCCUACCCUUGCAUUAGUGGAAAAUUGGCAAGACAGAGACGUUGCCAGUGUUGUGUUUUUUGCAUCUAAAAUGGCUCUUACAACGUUCUGGGAUGCCUACCCUUGCGUUAGUGGAAAAGCGGCAAGACAGAAACGUUGCCAGUGUUGUGUUUUUUGCAUCUAAAAUGGCUCUUACAACGUUCUGGGAUGCCUACCCUUGCGUUAGUGGAAAAGCGGCAAGACAGAAACGUUGCCAGUGUUGUGUUUUUUGCAUCUAAAAUGGCUCUUACAACGUUCUGGGAUGCCUACCCUUGCGUUAGUGGAAAAGCGGCAAGACAGAGACGUUAGCAGUGUUGUGUUUUUUGCAUCUAAAAUGGCUCUUACAACGUUCUGGGAUGCCUACCCUUGCGUUAGUGGAAAAGCGGCAAGACAGAGACGUUGCCAGUGUUGUGUUUUUUGCAUCUAAAAUGGCUCUUACAACGUUCUGGGAUGCCUACCCUUGCAUUAGUGGAAAAGCGGCAAGACAGAGACGUUAGCAGUGUUGUGUUUUUUUGCAUCUAAAAUGGCUCUUACAACUUUCUGGGAUGCCUACCCUUGCAUUAGUGGAAAAGCGGCAAGACAGAGACGUUAGCAGUGUUGUGUUUUUUGCAUCUAAAAUGGCUCUUACAACGUUCUGGGAUGCCUACCCUUGCGUUAGUGGAAAAGCGGCAAGACAGAGACGUUAGCAGUGUUGUGUUUUUUGCAUCUAAAAUGGCUCUUACAACGUUCUGGGAUGCCUACCCUUGCGUUAGUGGAAAAGCGGCAAGACAGAGACGUUGCCAGUGUUGUGUUUUUUGCAUCUAAAAUGGCUCUUACAACGUUCUGGGAUGCCUACCCUUGCAUUAGUGGAAAAGCGGCAAGACAGAGACGUUAGCAGUGUUGUGUUUUUUUGCAUCUAAAAUGGCUCUUACAACUUUCUGGGAUGCCUACCCUUGCAUUAGUGGAAAAGCGGCAAGACAGAGACGUUAGCAGUGUUGUGUUUUUUGCAUCUAAAAUGGCUCUUACAACGUUCUGGGAUGCCUACCCUUGCGUUAGUGGAAAAGCGGCAAGACAGAGACGUUAGCAGUGUUGUGUUUUUUGCAUCUAAAAUGGCUCUUACAACGUUCUGGGAUGCCUACCCUUGCAUUAGUGGAAAAGCGGCAAGACAGAGACGUUAGCAGUGUUGUGUUUUUUUGCAUCUAAAAUGGCUCUUACAACUUUCUGGGAUGCCUACCCUUGCAUUAGUGGAAAAGCGGCAAGACAGAGACGUUAGCAGUGUUGUGUUUUUUGCAUCUAAAAUGGCUCUUACAACGUUCUGGGAUGCCUACCCUUGCGUUAGUGGAAAAGCGGCAAGACAGAGACGUUGCCAGUGUUGUGUCUUUUGCAUCUAAAAUGGCUCUUACAACGUUCUGGGAUGCCUACCUUUUCGUUAGUGGAAAAGCGGCAAGAGAGAGACGUUGCCAGUGUUGUGUCUUUUGCAUCUAAAAUGGCUCUUACAACGUUCUGGGAUGCCUACCCUUGCAUUAGUGGAAAAGCGGCAAGACAGAGACAUUGCCAGUGUUGUGUCUUUUGCAUCUAAAAUGGCUCUUACAACGUCCUGGGAUGCCUACCCUUGCAUUAGUGGAAAAGCGGCAAGACAGAGACGUUGCCAGUGUUGUGUCUUUUGCAUCUAAAAUGGCUCUUACAACGUUCUGGGAUGGCUACCCUUGCGUUAGUGGAAAAGCGGCAAGAAAGAGACGUUGCCAGUGUUGUGUUUUUUGCAUCUAAAAUGGCUCUUACAACGUUGUGGGAUGCCUACCCUUGCGUUAGUGGAAAAGCGGCUAGACAGAGACGUUAGCAGUGUUGUGUUUUUUGCAUCUAAAAUGGCUCUUACAACGUUCUGGGAUGCCUACCCUUGCGUUAGUGGAAAAGCGGCAAGACAGAGACGUUGCCAUUGUUGUGUUUUUUGCAUCUAAAAUGGCUCUUACAACGUUCUGGGAUGCCUACCCUUGCGUUAGUGGAAAAGCGGCAAGAAAGAGACGUUGCCAGUGUUGUGUUUUUUGCAUCUAAAAUGGCUCUUACAACGUUCUGGGAUGCCUACCCUUGCGUUAGUGGAAAAGCGGCAAGACAGAGACGUUGCCAGUGUUGUGUUUUUUGCAUCUAAAAUGGCUCUUACAACGUUCUGGGAUGCCUACCCUUGCAUUAGUGGAAAAGCGGCAAGACAGAGACGUUAGCAGUGUUGUGUUUUUU